AUGCUCUCCUCGGAUUCUAGCUGCUUAAUCGCCGCCUGGUUGUCCAUCCUCAUGGGCACUGGCUCCACUACCCGGAAACCCAGCUCACGCACCAGCUCCCGAAGUCCCAGCAGCUCGCGCCCCACCUGCGACGCUGACGUGAACUCGGCCUCCAUCGUGGAGAGCGACACGCCGGUCUGCUUCUUGCAGAUCCACUGCACCACAGCCCCGUCCAUCGUCACGACUCCUCCAGUCACCGACUUCCUGUCGCUCUUGUCGGCGGCGAAGUCUGCGUCGCUCCAGCUCUCCAAAGCCAUCACGUCGUCCUUCCUCGUCGGCGCCUGCAUGAUCAGCUUGACGCUCUUCGUCCCCUUCAAGUACCUUGCGACCCUCUUGGCCAGCUUCCAGUCACUCGUGGUCGGCUGGUGUGUCCUCCUCGUGGCCUUAUGCACAGCGAAACUAAUGUCGGGUCUCGUGCACCGUGCUAUCCAAAGCAAACUUCCCACGAGCGACUGGAAACGGCGGAUCGUUGGCUCACCCGGCGCACCCACCUUGGUCAACAGCUGCGGCUCGUCUACCUCCGCCUCGUUGUGCUCCUCACCAACAGGAACCCGCACACUGUUCGCGUUUGCCAGCCCAUGCUGCUCCAGCAGCUCCUCGAUCGUCGCCUGCUGGUCCAGCGAGUACCCCUCGCUGCUGUCCAGCUCCACGCGCAUCCCCAAGAAUUUUCUCACCUCGCCCAAGUCUUCCACGGACAACACGCUCAUGGAGCAGAAGAAAUCGUCCACCAGACUCGGCUUGGACGCGGUGACCAGGAGAUCAUCCACGUACACGCCCACGAGCGUCAUCUCACCGUCCUCUCGCUUGUAG